AUGGCGGAUAAGUAUGCAGAGAUGGAGCACAAGGAGUAUGCGAAACUGGUGAUGGCCCCAGGCGAGCAGACAUGGUCGCAGAAGAUUCUUAAUUUUGCAAAAGGAACUACCUUCAGCGCCGUCCUAGUACUAACUGGAAUUAGUGGUUUCACUUACGCCUUCUAUGUGUGUGCUGUCCUGCUUUUGCUUUCGCCCAAGCUUCUAUUUUUCUUUUUCAACUUCGUCCAAGUCACCUGGAAUCAAAUUGUAGUCCUUGGCCUUCGGUGUUUACACAAUUGUUCUUACAAACAUUACGGAGAAACUUUUCGACCAAAAGAUAAAAAGAUUCUUAUUCUCGCCAACCACCGCACAAGAAUGGACUGGCUUAUUAUUCUGAAUUUUCUGUACAAUCACGGAAAAGUUGGCGGUCUUCGCUUCUCCCUCAAGGCUCCAUUAAGAUUUGUACCUGGAGUCGGGUGGUUUCUUUCCCUCGCCUGCCACGUAUUUCUGAAGAGGCGGUUCGAAGACGACAGGGAGCAUAUUCUGGAUUGCUUGGAGCUUUACUCUAAGACAAUGGACAACGUGUCGUUCUACUUCUUCCCCGAAGGGACGGUCUAUUGGCCCGACAUGAUCCGGAAAUCGAACUCAUUCGCAAAAAAAGCCGGCGUCGAACCGCUUUCUCAUCUACUUUUGCCUCGUACAACAGGCUUCAAAUUUUUGAUGGAAAACGAGGAUAACUUCUUUGAUGCCAUUUACGAUAUAACGACUUCCUACGAACAACAUAUACCCCAACACGAGCCAGCACUCUUCACCGGUUGUAUGCCACCUGUCACAAAUGUCGUCCUAAAAAGAUAUGAAAUAGCAUCUGCCAAAAAAGAUCCAGAGCGAUUUUUGGAGAAAAUUUGGCGCGAGAAAGACAAAAUGCUAGAUGAACAUUUUGCCGACAAAACGUACUACGACAAUCAGCAAAUUCUUCAGCCAUAUUCGACCUCAGUUUUCGAAAACGCCGCAAAAUGUUUUGGCGUUUUAUUUUGGUGCUGGCGGACUUUUGUUCACCUUACCAACUUCUGGGCUUUUUUGCCUUUUCUGACUAUCGCCAUCGUUACCACGAUUUUUGUUCAACAGAAAUUUUUCUCGUUAUCCUACUGCCUUACUAGAAUCCUAAAAGCUCAACGAUUUCUGCGAUGGAAAAAGAUUCAAUAA